GUAGAGUAGAUGUAGUUGCCCUCACUGGGCCUCCUGUGGUAGUGCAGAGCAUGUGGUUUGAUUCAAAAUGGAGGAUCUUGGAAGACUUUCUUGCGGCCGCGACUUAACGUCUAUUCCGGACCUUGUGGUCGCUCUCGGAUCUGCUUCUCAAAGCGGGUUUGAUUUUAUCUGUGCUCCAAUUUGCCAUCCUCGUUACAAGCGUGAGUUUUUAGAGGAGAUUCCAGAUCGAAGCAAAUCUUUUACUCGGGCAGAUUUGGUCUUGUCUAGUCAAGACUGGAGCAGUUUAAUUGUUGGUAAAAUCUCACCUUGGAUAAAUGUGGGCUCUCUCAAUGAAGUUGUCAGGAAAAACUCUGAAAAGGCUUUGAUGCAAGAGGUGAACUAUGCCAUCCAUCUCGGCUUGCCGUCAGUCAUGUUGGAGCUGGGGAACUACAACAUUAUCAACUUGGCGCAUUACGUCAAUGACAUCCUGAUCAACUCUCAUGUGCAGCAGCUGUGGAUCAAGGUGCCCAUGCGAUGCUCUGAGGACAUGUGCGAUAAAAGCUUGUUUGAUGAAGAGGAUUCUAUGGCUGAGGUGACAGAGAAAGAAAAAUUGGAAAAAGACCCAUGGCAGUGGUGGAAUCUGUUCAGGACAGUUUGCGGCAAUAACAGAAAGGCAGGCAUCGCGUUAGAGAUACCUGCUGAGCUGCCCCCUGACGUGGAGCUAGAGCGGUGGAUUGGAGAGCCAAUUAAGGCAUGCAUCUUACCAACUGACGUGUUUCUUACUAACAGAAAAGGAUUUCCAGUUCUGCCCAAAUCUCAUCAAGCGUUCCUAAAACAGCUCUUUAAGCUGAACGUCCAAUUAAUCCUCUCUGGUUGCUGUAAACACAAGGGAAAGGGAGUUCAGUUCUACUAUCAAUACUUGGAACACCUGUACCAGACACAGGCACCACUAGAUCCACUGGGUCGCUUUGCUAAGGGUUAUGAAGACUACCUCCAGUGUCCCUUGCAGCCCCUGUCAGAUAAUCUGGAGUCUCAGACGUAUGAGAUAUUUGAGCGGGAUCCUGUCAAGUAUGCAGAAUACCAAAAGGCUAUCUAUGAAGCGCUGAUUGACCGUGUCCCUGAGGCAAGCAAAGAUGCAAUUGUAACAGUCAUCAUGGUAGUUGGUGCAGGACGUGGCCCACUUGUAAGGGCGUCUCUGACGGCAGCAGAAAACGCUGGUCGCAGAGUAAGGUUGUAUGCUGUGGAGAAGAACCCAAAUGCUGUAGUCACACUUGAAACAUUGAAGACAGAAGAGUGGGGCGACAAAGUGACAGUGGUGUCGUCAGACAUGCGUGAAUGGGAUGCUCCUGAAAAGGCUGAUAUUCUUGUCAGUGAGUUGCUGGGCUCUUUUGGGGACAACGAACUAUCACCUGAAUGCCUGGAUGGUGCACAGAAUUUCCUCAAAGAUGGUGGUAUAAGUAUACCCUGUGAUUACACGUCUUACUUAUCACCACUCUGCUCACCCAAACUUCAUCAAGAAGUCUCUCAAGGAUCCAAGACCGACAGCAAAGGGCCACAAGCGCCCUUUGAAACCCCGUAUGUGGUGCGUCUUCACAACAUAUUCGAACUUGCCAAGCCGCAACCCUGCUUCACGUUUUACCAUCCCAACAGAGGGAAAAUUGAUAAUUCUCGUUUUAUCUCUCUGGAAUUCUCGGUCAAGGCAAGCGCCAUGCUGCAUGGCUUUGGUGGUUACUUUGACGCUACCUUAUAUGGCAAUACUAAAAUAAGCAUUCACCCAGACACCCAUUCACCGGGAAUGUUCAGCUGGUUUCCAUUCUACUUCCCAAUACAGGACCCCUUGUACGUGGAAGGGGGCAAGACCGUUGCGUUGCACAUGUGGCGCAAGUGUACUGGUAAAAAGGUCUGGUAUGAGUGGAGCGUCUCCAGGCCCGCUCCAGUCCCCAUACACAAUCCCGGUGGACGGUCCUACGUUAUCGGGUUAUGACGUCAUGUUUUAAAAUUAACCUCGGAUGUCGAUCGAUGCUAGUUUGGGGAUACUGACGUCUGCAUUAGGGAAUAAUGGUAUUACACCCUGUAGCACCCUAAAUGAUAAAGUACGAUAUGUUAAUAAAUUUACGUAAUGCGUGUUA